CAAGUGGCACGGUUGGCAACGCUACCGCGACUUCAAACGUCAAAGAAGCAUCCCAAAUUUAUGCUAAAAAUCGGUCUUUUUUAAUAAAAAAAACGUGUGUAGUGUCGUUGUUACAAUGGCAGAUGUUUUGGACAUCAACGAUUCCGUCGAAUUGGACGUGGAAGACGAAGGAGACCAGAGCGUUUUGCGCCUGAAAGAUAAAGUUGUAAAGCGGAAAGGUCGCGGCUUUGGGCCUGGAGAGACCAAGGAACAUGAGAAAAUUCGAGGAUAUGAAAGCAUAGAUUCCGGGGAUCACGGAGACGAGCCUGGGCCACAGAAAUCUGUGGAGGGGUGGAUUUUGUUUGUGACUUCGGUGCAUGAAGAGGCCAGUGAGGAUGAUUUGAGUGAGAAGUUUUCCGAGUUUGGGGCUAUCAAAAAUAUAAGUAUCAACUUGGAUCGUCGGACGGGUUUUUUGAAGGGAUAUGCUUUGAUUGAAUAUGGGACGUACGAGGAAGCGUUUGCGGCCAGGGAGGCUUUGAAUGGGUCUUUGUUGUUAGGGCAAACAGUUGGAGUUGACUGGUGUUUUGUUAAGGGGCCCAAAAAGUCAAAGAAACGUGCAAGGAGACACUGAUUGUAACUGUAAAUUAUUUAUAACUCAAUUUUCCACUUAUAUCCAUUAAUUUCUUAAGAUUACAAAAGUAAGGUUCUUUGGUGUAUUUUAUUUAUGACAUUCAAGAAGUAAUAAAUUGUGAGUUUUUUA